AUGCUUCACGACGUCCUGAUCAUCGGUGCCGGUCCUUCAGGACUGGCCACUGCCACCGCCCUCUCCCGCCAGCUCUACACCUCCGUCGUCUUCGACUCGGGCCUCUACCGCAACGCCCGCGCCAAGAACAUGCACAACGUCCUCGGCUUCGAUCACGUCCCGCCCCCCGUCUUCCGCGCCAAGGCCAGGGCAGACAUCCAGGAGCGCUACUCCGCCACGGUCACGUUCGCCGACGUGGCCGUCACCAAGACCACCAAGCUCGAGAACGGCCUCUUCAAGGCGGAAGACGCGGCGGGCAAGGCGUGGUUCGGGAGGAAGCUCGUCCUCGCCACCGGCGUCGCGGACAUCACGCCCGACAUCAAAGGUUACGACGACUGCUGGGGCCACGGCAUCUUCCACUGCCUCUUCUGCCACGGCUUCGAGGAGCGCGGGUCGGCGAGCGCAGGCAUCAUCGGCGUCGGCAUGCUGGCAAACGUCAAGAUGGCCACGCAUGUCGGCUACAUGGCCCGUCCCCUAGCAAAAGAAAUCAUCAUCUACACCAACGGAAACGAUGCACUCGCGUCGGAGCUGUCGUCCCUGCCUGCAUCGCCAUUUAAAGUAGACACACGAAAGAUUGCCAGGUUGCGCAUGGGCGAGAAGACCAAUGCAAUCAUCACGUUCGAAGAUGGCACUGAAGCCACGGAGGGCUUCCUUGCUCACGCACCCUACACCAAGCCCAACGGGCCGUUUGUGGAGCAGCUCGAGCUGGAGGUGGCGGAGAAUGGUGACAUCAAGACGUCGCAACCGUUUGGGGAGACAACCGUUCCGGGCGUCUACGCAGUUGGUGAUUGUGGGAACAUGAUCAAGGCAGUUGCACCCGCAGCUACGAGCGGCUCGAUGUGCGCGGCGGGCAUGGUGGUGCCGUUGCAGAGUGAGCCUAAGAUUGAUUUGGACGUUGAGGACGUGGAGAAGGUGUUAGGAUAG